CUUUGACAUUUAUAUAUUUUCUAACAUGUUUGUAAAUUCACAUAUUUAAAUCACUACACACUGUUAAUUUUUGGAUAUACAGUAAUUCUGUGGUUAAAAAUAAGGUGUAAAAAUGGCUGUAACCGCAAAAGAAAUUUGUGAUAAUAUAACGUUAGCAAGGGAGAUGUCACUAUUGGGAAAUUAUGAAAGUGCUGAAGUGUAUUAUGAAGGCCUAUUGCAAAUGAUAACAAAGCUUAUUAGUAUGAUACCAGAGCCAGUUCGUAAAAACAAAUGGCAGCAGGUUCAAAAAAUUGUUGUGACUGAAUAUGAACAUGUUAAAGUGAUGAAGGCAAUAUGGCAUACAUUGAGAUUGGACAUAAAUGUUGAUAUACCAAUUGGAGCUAGAAGGAAUAUAAUGAGAGAUGAACCUGUAAAAGAUAAUAAUAUAGAUUAUUUAAGUGCCUUGGAUCCUUUUGCGCCAUCUGAUCCUGAUGUGUGGCCACCACCUACGCCUGUUGAUCAUGGUUAUAAAACCAAUGGGCCAAAAUCGCGACAAUCAAAUAUUCGAGGAAAACCAGAUGCAACAAGAAGGAGUAUACCUUCCAGAGCCAGCUCAUCAAAUACAGCCCGAAAAUCUGAAACAGCAAGAACAAAGCCAUUAAAAAAAGGGGAAAUUGAGAGGCCCGGGUCAUCCAGACUAGAUCAACAAAAGUAUUCAAAUGUUGACACAAAUACUAAAACUGAUAAAGAUAAUAAAGAUACAGAAAAUGUAGGUGAGAAAGGCGAAGAGGAAGAGAAGAAAUUCGAAUGCCAUGGUUUGGAGAGGGAUUUGGCAGAUGUUCUGGAGCGAGAUAUUGUUCAGAAAAAUCCAAACAUCAGAUGGGAUGACAUUGCUGACUUGCAUGAGGCCAAAAGAUUGUUGGAAGAAGCUGUUGUGCUGCCUAUGUGGAUGCCAGAGUUUUUUACAGGUAUUAGAAGACCAUGGAAGGGAGUUUUGAUGGUUGGGCCUCCUGGCACUGGAAAAACAAUGCUGGCAAAGGCGGUGGCUACAGAAUGUGAAACAACGUUUUUCAACGUGUCUUCAUCUACACUGACAUCGAAAUAUAGAGGAGAAUCUGAGAAAAUGGUUAGACUAUUAUUCGAAAUGGCUCGAUUCUAUGCUCCAAGCACCAUUUUUAUCGACGAAAUCGACUCGUUGUGCUCUCGCAGAGGGUCCGAAUCGGAACAUGAAGCGUCUAGAAGAGUAAAAUCUGAAUUGCUGGUACAAAUGGACGGUAUAACGGUGAAUAACGAUGAGCCUGGUAAAGUUGUGAUGGUACUGGCAGCCACAAACUUUCCCUGGGACAUUGACGAGGCUCUCAGAAGACGGUUGGAGAAAAGAAUUUACAUUCCAUUGCCAACAGAAGAGGGCAGAGAGGCUCUGCUCAAAAUUAAUCUGAGACAAGUGAAGCUCGAUCCAAAUGUUGAUUUAAAAGACAUUGCUAAGCAGUUGGAUGGCUUUUCAGGUGCCGAUAUCACAAAUGUUUGCAGAGAUGCUUCCAUGAUGUCUAUGAGAAGAAAAAUUUUUGGACUUCGGCCUGAUCAAAUUAAGCAACUGCCUAAGGAGGAACUGGAUUUGCCAGUUACCAACAUGGACUUUCAAGAAGCCCUAUUGAAAAACAACAAAAGCGUUUCCCAGGAGGAUUUGGACAAAUACGAAAAAUGGAUGAGUGAAUUUGGAUCCUCCUAGUCUUAAUCGAUUCAGCAAUUAACUUGACUACCC